GUGAUAUGUAUGAAGUGGUACAGCACGAGCCAUUUCUGGAUCUAAAACCUCGUGAACCGGCUAUAUACCCUCCUGCCAAACCACGUACGCUCGACAGCCCAAGCACCGUAGAUGACUGUCUGCGAUUUCAUUGUCGACUGUCUGUCUGUCGCUUUGCUUAUCCGAACCCUCGGGGCCUAGUCUCCGACAAACAUGAUGGAACUUUGGAUCUUACCUGCAUCAAACUUGCGGAGCUACGCGGUCAGGCUGUCGACUAUGCCAAGAACGGUCGCAAAGUCAGUUUUGAUGACUUGCCAAGGACGCCAUAUCCCUUGCCGGACUGGCAUGAAUCGGAACAGCCCGACCAAUCUAAGAAUCUCAAAGCAAGUUAUUACGAAUCUUCUAGGGCUUUGGGGUACAUGUACCGCAACAUCAAGCUCGAAAAACUACCCGAUGACAGAUGCCGCCACAUGCAGUCCUGUUGGAACGAUGCUAUAUCAAAUGCGCUCCAACCACUCGUGCAACGUAAACUGUCAGGCUAUAGGGCUUCUACAGACCAAUCCUGGGUAAAGAUAGUAGACUCGGUGUACGCCAUGACCGCGCUGACUGAAGAAGAGCUGGUACUUGGAACAAUUAUGGCCUGCUCAGGCUCUAGCGAAGGAUACAAGAAAGAACGAGUACAUGCGAUGAAUGACAGUUUGUCGUCCCUCCUUCGUGUUACGAGGGAAAGCCAUGUUGGGGAGUUACACAAAGGCCCGGCGGAAGAACUAUGUGGGCAACUGGUACGCCCGUGGAAGUCUUGGGAUGCGUGGACCUAUGCUCCGGACUUCCAGAGGGCUUCCAGCGAGUCUGGCUCCGAGCAAUUUGGAUCGCACAGCUUCGGUUUUAUAGUGCUCGGGCUUGUUCUGGAUUGUUUGGCGAGGAUGGGCGGCUUACCUCGAUGACAGUUUUA